UUAUUUAUUCCUUCCUUCAUUCAUCUGCACCUUUAGUGACAAAACUAAAAACCGUCACCAGCAUGACUAGUAUCUACACUAAUCUUCUUCAGCUUCAGCUUCAUCACCAUAACCAACAACUUUUUCCAUCUUUCCCGCCAAAACCCUCAUCAAUCUCCUCCACAGGAAACCGUUGCUUAGGAUCUCCGGUUAGUCUCCGAUCUAGAUCGUUAAUAGUAAGAUGUGUUUCAAGUAGAACUGCGAAUCCGUUUGAUUCAGAUGAGAUUCCGGAAUACGCACCAAAACUAACUCAGAAAUCUGUGAAGACGAGAUCUGUUCUUGAGGUUUUGCAGAAUGCGAAUUCGAUAUUGCCUCAAGUGGUUCUUAUUAGUACGAUUUUGGCGUUCAUACGUCCGUCUUCAUUCACAUGGUUUACAAGCAGGUACUAUGCCCCAGCUAUAGGUUUCUUAAUGUUUGCAGUUGGACUUAACUUAAAGGAAAAAGAUUUUGUUGAAGCAUUUAGGAGACCAGCACCUAUCUUUGCCGGUUAUGUUGGUCAAUAUGUUCUAAAACCAUUUCUUGGUUACCUUUUUGGAACACUCUCCAUGACACUACUCGGGCUUCCAGCCGCCUUAAGUCACGGGAUCAUGCUAACGUCUUGCGUUAGCGGGGCAACUCUCUCGAACUAUGCCACUUUUCUAACUGACCCGGAAAUGGCACCUCUAAGCAUUGUUAUGACAUCGUUGUCGACUGCUUCUGCGGUUUUUGUCACACCGUUGUUGACCCUUUUGCUUCUUGGAAAGAGGCUGCCGAUUGAUGUACAUGGAAUGGUUUCCAAUAUUCUCCAGAUUGUCGUUUCGCCUGUUGUUGCUAGCUUGCUUCUUAAUCGGUUAUUUCCUCGAGUUUCAAGUGCGAUUCGCCCGUUUCUGCCUCCAAUAGCACUUGUGGUGAACUUUUUCUGCAUUGGAGCUCCAUUAGCAAUCAACAUGAAGUCAAUUGUAUCCCCUUUUGGGAUAACUAUUGCAUUGCUUAUGUUCGCGUUUCAUUUGUCGGGAUUCAUCCUAGGACACUCAUUUACGGGCAUUGUCUUCCGCAACGAGCCUGAUGUCGAACCGCUCCAAAGAACGUUAUCUUACGAAACAGGUAUGCAGAGCAGCUUGUUGGCACUUGCAUUAGCUAAUAACUUCUUCAAAGAUCCACUUGUGAGCAUCCCUCCAGCAAUAUCAGUCAUAAUCAUGUCAUUAAUGGGCUUUUCAAUGGUCAAGAUCUGGGCCAAGGAAAAAAACUGACGGAAUAUAUGAUCGCUAUUAAUUAACAGAGUUUACUAAACUUUCAUGACAAAAUUGUAACGGCGUUACUAAAAGAAAACUCGUUAAAACAUGAGUUGAUAGAGGUAGGUUUAUGCUGUAUAUUUUUUUAUUAAAAAAAUUAAGUUUGUAUACAAAGUCGGUAUUGGGUUGGUUCGUCAAAA